AUGGAACUGCUCUACGUUGACGGAGGUCGCUCAGUCGUCAAUAUCCUAAUGCAUCCACUCAGCAGAGGAACGGUAUCAAUCACGUCAUCAGACCCCUUUGCACCUCCCGCCAUCGACCCCAGGUACUUUUCCCAUCCUUACGAUGGGCAGGUGCUUGUCGAGUCAUUGCGGUUUAACAGGAAACUGUUGGCGACUGCGCCCAUUCAAGCUCUAGGCGCAACCGAGACGCUUCCGGGAACGGCCACCGAAAGCGAUGCGGACAUACUGAGCUUCAUCAAAGGGGUCACCUCAACGGAGUACCACUAUGUAGGAACUUGCGCAAUGCUCCCGAAGGCUCUGGGUGGCGUCGUGGACGCUGAGUUGAAAGUCUAUGGUGUUGAUGGUUUGCGAGUCGUUGAUGCGAGUAUCAUGCCCCUGUUGCCAUCGGCGCAUACCCAAGCGACGGUGUACGCAAUUGCAGAGAAGGCUGCAGAUAUUAUUUUGGGACAUUCGGUAGAAGGUCGUGAAUAA